GAUGCUAGCUCGUCUUGAAUUGCUAGGGGCUACAGCGCUGCUGAGCGUCCGAGAGGGCAAGAAUGCUUCCAGGGUGCUGUCUGGCUGUGGGAGAUGGCAGUGGCAGCAUUAGUGAUUCAUAGCAGAGCUUGACGAGCGACCUGCUAUUCUAGUCAAAGGUCUGUCAAGAGCAGCCACAGCGCGGGCAGCAGAAGCCGCAGUGGUGAAUGAUCCUUGACCUGUGUGAACCUGUGAAGUGUCAGUCGGAAAGUGGGCAGCUGGUGUUACAAACCAAGCAAUGUUCAGAUCAGCAAGCCUGGGGCAGUUAUGGCUCUGUUGACUCGGCUGGGAUUCCGCCUGAAGAAGACCACUUUGGCGCAUCAGUUCCCCUAUCCCCAUGAGCACUCCCGGCAUGCGGCCUACGCAGUGCUGGCCGGUUCGCUGUUCUUCAUCAGCAGCGAUAACUUGCAGAACCUGCUCAACCGCUUUGAUUCCAACAUCAAAUGGUGGGCAAUCUAUGGCUUCCUCCUGGGCUUCUUCUACUUCUUUGCGUCGCCCUUCUUGGGGAAGGCGAUGGCCCCCAACUACUCCAACUUCAACCGGUGGUACAUUGCGUGGCUGCUCGUCGCAGCUGUCUACCACUUGCCCAGCUUCCAGUCCAUGGGGGUGGACAUCAAAAUGAGCCUCUCGCUCUUCCUCUCCAUAUUCCUUGCCUCCGCGGCGGUCCUCUUGGCUUUUCAUCUGUCAUUUUUGGGGCUGUGGUACGUUGGCCUGGCGGCGCGGCUCACCGGGGAGCGGCCCGAGAUUCUCACCAUCCUGCAGAACAGUACAGUAAUAAGCAUCGCGUGUUGCCUACUCUACACGCACUGCGGCAACGCGGUGCCCGUCCUCCCGCCGCCCCGCUCGCUGCGCCACAUCUUUGACCUCAAGGAGCAGGUCUGCCGAGUCUGGCUCGGGCCGGUCGGGUCGUCCCGCGACUACCCCACGUUUUCCAAGUGGGCGCUCUAUGGCGAGGCUGUCUUUGAAGACGCCAUUGUGGGGACGUCCGACUUCAUCUCCCCAGUAUACUCGCUAUGGGCGACUUUCAUUUCGCUGUACAUAGCCCACUACGUGGUCGAGCGCUCCACGGGGUGGGCCCUCGCGCACGCCAGCCCCAAACCCGAGGAGCAACCCAAGGUUAAGCCCAAACCCAAGAAGGUCAACCGGCCCGACUUCCUGCCCAUGGUCCCCUGGUAUAGCGGGACCUCUGCGGACCUGUUCAAGACGGCCUUCGACCUGAUCAUCUCCGUCACGCUUUUCCUCGGCCGCUUUGACAUGCGCACCAUGCAGGCCGCCAUGUCAUCAGCGCAAGCCAAGUCCCGCGGGAACGGCUUCACAUACAAGCACCUGGCGUCGUCCAAGGACCUCUGGUUCGACUUCAUGGCCGAUACUGGGGACGGCGGCAACUCCACUUAUACCAUCGCACGCUUGCUGGCGCAGCCCCAUUUGACGCUGCGCUUUGCGGACAAGUAUAUUGUGCUGCCGCGCUCCAAGCUGCUGCUCAUUGGAGGGGACCUCGCGUACCCCAACCCUUGCAAAGAGUCGUACGAGAAGCGCCUCUUCCUACCUUUUGAGUACGCGCUCCAGCCGCCGACGUGCUACCACAAGGACAGGAUUGCUGUACAAAAACCGGAGCUGCCGCCAGGGGUGCCCAGUCUCAAGAGCUACGACGGCCCACAGUGCUUUUGCAUUCCCGGGAACCACGACUGGCUGGACGGGUUGGACACAUUUAUGCGGUACAUCUGCCAUAAGAGCUGGCUCGGCGGCUGGCUUAUGCCGCAGGAGAAGAGCUACUUCUCGCUGAAGCUGCCGCAGGGCUGGUGGAUCUUUGGGCUGGACCAGGGUCUCGCGGAAGACAUCGACAUCUUCCAAUUCAAAUACUUCUCGACGAUCGCAGACGAGCAGGUGGGCCCCGAGGACAACGUCAUCAUCCUGACGCACGAGCCGUCCUGGGUGCUGGACAACUACUGGGGCCACGCCACCGGCAAGAACGUCACGUACCUCGUCAAGCAGCACCUCAAGGGCCGGUGCCGCAUGCGCAUGGCGGGCGAUUUGCACAACUACAUGCACCACACUGCCAGCACGUCUUCCCCCGCCACCCCCCUGUACGAACAUCUCGUGGUCAAUGGUGCGGGAGGCGCGUUUUUACACCCGACGCACGUGUUUGCCGGCUUCGACAAACUGCACGGCGCCAAGUACGAGUGCCGGGGAGUCUAUCCCCCUGUUAGCGUCUCGCGAAAGAUCAGUUUGAGCAACAUCGUCAAGUUCCGUAAGAAGAACUGGCGCUUCGACAUCGUGGGCGGCCUCGUCUACUUCGUCCUCGUCUUCUCGCUCUUCCCGCAGUGCAAGAUCGACACCGUCACACAGCAGGUAACGUUUCGCGGGCACGUGCUGCAGUUCUUGCGCGCCAUGUCGGAGGCGUGCCUGGACCUGCUGCAGCACAGCUACGUCUCAAUGACCGGCCUCACCAUCAUGCUCUUCCUCAGCGUUCUGUUCGUCCCGGGACGGGCGUCUCGGCGUACACGUAUGAUUAUCGGCUGCCUGCAUCUGGGCGCCCACCUAUUCGCUGCUCUGGUGUUGAUGCUCCUUUUGGAGCUGGGUGUCGACGUGUGCGUGCGGCAUAAGCUGCUGGGCACCUCAGGGUACCAUACGCUAUACGACUGGUACCAGCAGGUGGGGAACGAGCACUUCCCGGACCCCACCGGGCUGCGGCGGCGCAUGGAGGAGUGGACCUACGGCUUCUACCCCGCCUGCGUCAAGUACCUCAUGGCCGCCUUCGACGUCCCGGAGGUUAUGGCGGUGACGCGGGGCCAGAUCUGCGAGCACGGCAUGGACGCGCUUCCCCGCUACUUCACGCUCAUCUACUACGCCUCCGUCUUUCUGUACUACUGGGUGUUCUCCACUCCGAUCGUAUCUCUUGUCUUCGGCUGCUACCUUUACAUCUCCAUCAACUGGUUUAGCCUCCACUUUGACGAGGCCUUCUCCUCGCUGCGCAUCGCGAACUACAAGUCCUUCUGCCGCUGUCACAUACGGCCGGACGGCAGCUUAGAGGUGUUCUCCAUCGCCGUUGACAAAGUUCCUCGGGAGUGGGCUCUUGACCCGCUAUGGGAAGCAGAAAAUGCCACGAAACCAGUGUCCCAUUUGCGGGACCACCCAAGCCUGUGGGUUCCGGUGUCCCCGUUCCGGGACAAGCAGUGCAAUGCGCGCAUCGUCGACCAUUUCGUCGUCGAAAAGCUGCCGCCUAAGCACGUGCUGUCGCCAAAACCGGCGCCAAAAAGCAGCACGAGCAGCGAAAGCCCGGGGAUGCCGCCGCUCUUCCCCGGGGGCAGGUUAGACCACCUCAUGGGCGAAGAAAACGAUACGCCCGCUAAUGGCCUAAAUGAGGGCCAUAACCAUUCUUAUAGUAUUUAACGUUGGGCAGACACUGCCGCCGCACGAGCACAAUGGACACAUUGGUCCGGAAGUCAUAUUCGGUCAAGGUAAGGGAAGGUUGCCUUUAUGGCGUCCCACCGUCAUAAGAAGUUGCGCAGCAGGAAACAAUCGAUUUCAAUCACAAGUCGCGCAUGCACUUGCAUCAAA